AUGAGGACUGGCAUGUUCUCCUACACCACUUAUGAAGAUCAGCAAAUUGAGCCUCAUUUCCUUGAUGCUUGUUUUCUUUGCAGAAAACCACUUGGAAAUAACUCAGACAUCUUCAUGUACAGGGGAAACACACCGUUUUGUAGCAAAGAUUGUAGACAAGAACAGAUACAGUUUGAUGAGGCUAAACAGAAAAGCUGGAAAGUGUCCUCUUCUUCUUCUUCCAGUAGGGGAGCCCUCAGAAAAUCAGACACCAACAAGAACCCUACCCCUGACAAAAGUGUACGGAGGACAGGCACCGUUGCUGUAGCCUGA